AUGUAUUGGCCGAAGAAACAGUCUGUGAUCCGAAAAACGAAGAAGGUUCGUAAACCUUUUAAGUUCAAAGUUGGGGAUAAAGUAAGGCUGUCCCAUUUGAGAAACCUUUUCUCCCGAGAAUAUGACCAAAAAUGGACGGGGGAGAUAUUUACUAUUUCUCAAAAGAUACUUCGUGGAGGCUUACCAGUGUAUAGAGUCAAAGACUAUGAUGGAGACGAGAUCAAAGGAACGUUCUACCAGUCUGAGCUACAGAAAAUAGAUGUCAGAGACGAUGAUAUGUGGAAGGUGGAGACCAUUCUGAAAACCAGAGGAAAAGGUCGAAACAAACAAUACUAUGUGAAAUGGCUUCACUGGCCGAAGAAAUUUAACUCCUGGAUCAAUGCGUCUGAUGUAACCGAUUUGUAG